AUGUCGGAGCAGGCUCUGGGGCCGAGCCGGCAGCGCGCCCAGGACUCCGCGGCACCGGAGCGCCAAACCCUGCUGGCCGUGCGGCAGCGGCAGCUGAAGCCGAACCGCUUCCCGCUCCACAGGCUGCUGGUGGUGGCCCGGCUGGGUGAGGGGGUGUCGGCUGCGACGGUGGCAGGUUAUUACAGAGAACUGUUUGAAAACAUCAUAGAAGAUCCCUCAGGAGAAGACAUCUCAGGUCUGCUGCUUCUCCAUCCCAGCUGUAUUUUUCACCUAGUAGAGUCCUGCAGCAGCACCAUCCAUCUCAUCAUCCAAGAUUUAGCCUCUCUCCAGAGUCAAGGCCACAGGAUGGAGUUCCCUCUCUUUCCACACAGUGCUUUACUCCAGGAUAUUAAAGUCCUCGUGGUGGCACACAACAUCCCCACCAGGCUGUGCCCAGACUGGUACGCAGCAACAGCGCCAGCUGCCGUGCCACAGCCACGGGGCUCCCCACCAGCGGAGUCCACAGCAGAGGUGGUGGCAGAGUGCCUUGCCCUCCUACCCCAAAUGGCAGCCUGCAUUCAGAGUUCUGAGGAUGACAGUGAGGACAUGGAUGAGAGUCUGCACACUCUGGCACCUGAGCUGCUGAUCCCAGCAGAGACAGUUGCCUACUUGUGUCAUGCUGAAGAAUGUUCAAGUCCAGAAGAUUUCCUGAGGAUGUAUUUAAGUCCUACACAAGUUGUCUUGGAUUCAGAGACUGUGUGGCCUGUUCCCUCUCAUUUGUUUGCAUGACACAGGCUGCAUCCAGUGUCCCCUUUGCAGCUGGACUCAUUUCUGUGUAGCAUCUUCACCCCCAGAACUCUUCCACCAAGGGUCUGUAAGAGAAUGAGCUGAGCCACGAGCCCGGGGGCACAGCUGUGCCCCCUCCAGGGUGCCUGCUGGAAGCAGCACCACUCACAAAUGCAAUA